AUGACAUUCUCUAUGGAUUUGAACGCAUCACCAUUGCCUGAAGAAGAGGAUGAGCAGCCUUAUGAAGAACCACCUGGUGAGGCUGAUUAUGCGCAUGAGGAGGAACAUGUUGAGUCUGCUGUUGCAACAUUGCGAAGGGAGCGUGAAGAGAGGCGGAGGAAAUUGAAGAGAGAGCACCAGGAUGAAGGCUCAAUGCAACACCCUCAGCAGAUAAGGAAUGAUUAUGCACCUCCAACCAAAGUUGGUAGAGGCCGGAUUAAAGAGGCACCUGAGGGUUGGUUGGAUUGUCCUGCAUUUGGUGAGCCAAUAGAUAAAAUCAUACCCUCCAAAGUUCCUCUUGAUGAAACAUUCAAUGAAUCAGUUCCUCCUGGCAAAAGAUAUUCUUCCAAACAAGUAGUAAACAAGCAAAGAAAAGCUGGCCGUGAAAUAGGACUGGUGAUUGAUCUGACUAAUACUUCUCGAUAUUACUCACCAGCAGAGUGGACAAAGCAAGGUACUAAGCAUCUCAAGAUUCCUUGCAAGGGAAGAGAUGCUGUACCAGAUAAUGAAUCUGUUAACACAUUUGUCUAUGAGGUGAUGAUGUAUCUUGAACGACAAAAGCAUACCAAAACUCCCAAGUAUAUUCUAGUUCACUGUACCCAUGGUCAUAAUCGUACAGGUUUCAUGAUUAUUCAUUACCUCGUGCGUACACGCAUCUCUUGUGUUGCUGAGGCAAUACGUAUUUUUGCUCAAAGGCGACCUCCUGGUAUAUAUAAGAGGGACUACAUUGAAGCAUUGUAUUCAUUUUAUCACGAGGUUCCUGAGAAUAUAAUUGUAGCAUGCCCUUCAACACCAGAAUGGAAGAGGCCUUCCGAUCUUGAUCUAAAUGGUGAAGCUAAGCCAGAUGACGAUGAUGACAACGGUGAUGUUUCACCAGUACAUACAUCCUCUUGUAUCUUGCAGAAUGAUGUAGAGGAGAAAGUCAUCACUAAUGAUGAUGUGCUGGGAGACGCUGUACCUUUUGAUCAGCAAGAGGCUCUGCGGAUCGUAUGCUAUCGUUUGCUUGAACUUCCCCCUGCGAGAGGGCAUGCACAAUUUCCAGGAUCACACCCAGUCUCUCUUGACAGUGAUAAUCUGCAGCUACUUAGACAGCGAUACUAUUAUGCUACUUGGAAAGCUGACGGAACCCGAUAUAUGAUGCUUAUAAUGAGGGAUGGUUGUUUCUUGAUUGAUCGGAAUUUUUGCUUUAGAAGAGUUCAGAUGCGCUUUCCCCAUAGGAACCUGAAUGAAGGUCCACAUGAUAUGACAUUGAUUGACGGGGAAAUGAUUAUAGAUACAGUACCUGAUUCAGGAUUGAAGAGGAGGUACUUGGCGUAUGAUCUGAUGGCACUUGAUUCAGUGUCCAAGACAAAGUUGCCUUUCUCUGAGAGGUGGAGAUUAAUUGAAGAUGAAAUAAUCCGGCCACGUCAUAACGAGAGAAAAAUGUUUGAGAGUGGUGCUAAGAGCAAUCCAAUGUACAAAUAUGAUAUGGAGCUAUUUUCGGCCCGGAGAAAGGAUUUCUGGCUUCUGCAUACAGCAAAAAGGGUACUGAAGGAGUUUAUCCCAUCACUUUGCCAUGAUGCUGAUGGCCUGAUAUUUCAGGGCUGGGAUGAUCCUUAUGUAACUCGCACCCAUGAAGGUCUUCUUAAGUGGAAAUACCCUGAAAUGAAUUCAGUUGACUUUUUGUUUGAGGUUGGCAAUGAUAAUCGCCAGCUCGUUUUUCUUUACGAGAGAGGCAAAAAGAAACUCAUGGAUGGUUCUCGGAUGGUAUUUCCAAAUGGAGAAGAUCCAUCAUCUAUCUCUGGGAGGAUUGUUGAGUGCUCUUGGAAUAAGGAACAACAGUGUUGGGUCUGCAUACGCGUUAGAUUCGAUAAAUCGACUCCUAAUGAUAUCAACACAUAUCGCAAGGUAAUGAGGAGCAUCACAGACAAUAUAACCGAAGACAAGCUUCUAGAAGAGAUCACUGAGAUAAUUUCCCUCCCGAUGUAUGCUGAUAGGAAGAAGGCUGAUGAAAGGAUGGCCCAUGCAAAGAUGGCACAACAUCGGCGGAGAGGGCAGAUGCCACCACAGUAG